AUGGUGCACCGACCUCAGCACGCAGCACCCCCCUCGAAAGGCUUUGACCUCUCUCGCUGGCACUUUGAUAUAGAUGCCUAUUUGAACCAGUAUCUGCCCGCUCCACCAUGGCGCUGGCUGCCUCGUCCUGUCUCUCAUUUCUUCGGAUAUAGAGGAGAUCAACCGCCCAAGGCUGUUGGAAACUUGGUGAUUGCCUUUUGGGCCCUCAUCGGAGCAUUCUGUGGCGUCCUCGUUGUUGCCGAGGCCUCUUUGCAUGUCCCGUCGUUCCAGGCACACCAUGCACCCAUUAUCGUUGCUAGUUUUGGCGCCACGGCGGUGCUGGAAUUCUCUGCCGUCGAUUCCCCAUUCGCUCAACCUCGAAAUAUGAUAGUGGGUCAGCUGGCAGCGAGCAUCAUUGGUGUAGCGAUUGGGAAGCUCUUUGCCUUGAAUCCCCAUGCUCAUGCCUUACCCCAAGUCGGAGGAGCCCUUGCUUGUGCCAUCACUGUCGCCUUCAUGGCUAUCACAAAUACCACGCAUCCGCCUGCCGGCGCCACUGCUCUGUUAGCCGUCACCGAGGCCUAUGAACUGGGCUGGUACUUGGUUCCGGUGGUGCUGCUGGGAUGUGUGCUGAUUCUUUGCGUGGCAUUGUUGAUCAACAACAUUCAACGGCGGUUCCCCGUCUACUGGUGGACUCCGCAUAGCCUUGCACGUCCGAAACCCGAGGAUGCUGAAAGCGUCAGGCAUGAGAAAGAACCGAGUGUCAAAUCCACUGAAUCUGAGGACAGCUCUACAGAUGCGCCUGAGCAAAUAAUCAUUCGACGUGGUGAAGUAUUGAUGCCUGACAACCUCUGGAUCAGCGCGGAAGAAAGGGAGGUGCUGGAGAGGGUUUGUCAACGAAUACAAUAG